UCUCUCUCUCUCUUUCUCUCUCUCUCCCCCUUCUGUUAAGUCUUACCAACUCUCUCCAGUCCCAUAUACAUCUGUUAUAUCCUCUCUUAGUUGCUUAUUUUCCACCCUUCGUUUCUCACCCUUAGUUGGUUAUUUUCAAUUUGUUUUUCCCUGCUGUUUGUUUUUUUUUACUCGUCUUCAGACAUCACUUAACUCUUCUUAGCCUCCAUUUCUUGCUGGUUACUCCCUCUCUUUCUCUGUGUGUGUGUGUGGGUGUGUGGUGCUGUUCUUGAAAGCAUUUAAUAUUAUUCUAUUUAAGAGUAUCACCAGGACACCAGCCUCAGAAAAUAAAGGAAUAUAUUUGGCUUGAAGAUGGGGUAUCUAGUUCUGCUUCUUGGGCGUUACAUUUAUUACUAUUUUUCUGUUAGCAUCACAAUGGAAUGUUGGUAACUGAGUGGGAGAUAAUUUAAAGCUUACUUGCAACUUCUGCUCAUCUGUAAUGGAGAGGCUCCAAGGCCUUUUUGAUCCUUGUUUCUUAGGUGAACAGCUGGAUGCAGAGGGCUUGGAACGAGGAUUUGUAAACACAGAAAAUUUGAGAACAUUCGAGGAAGAAGAAACACAGUUCUCGAUGCCAAGUUUAGAAGACAAAAUCCCUUUUCUUCAAAUGCUACAAGGUGUAGAAUACCCACCAUUUUUUCCCCUCAAAGAACCCAACUUUCAGACAUUACUAAAACUCCAACACCUCAAAAGGCCUUGGAACAACUACAUCACUGAAGCGGACACCCAAGUUCAAGCGCUGGAGCUUGAAAGUUGUGUCACUCAUGACAUAGCUGAUUUGCACUCACCAGCCAAAUCUGAAACCAAAGAUUUUCAGAACCCACAUUCAAAUUCCUGUCUUGAAGAUGUAAGCCCCGAGCCUAAGAGGCAGGCCAAUUUAAUAGGACGCUUUUGCAAAGAACGUAACUCAGACUCAUCCUUUCCAUGGACUCACCCACAAACCAUGCUCCACGAGACCCAUUUCUCCAAAACUUCUCCAGUAGUCACCAAGGAACGAAAAAAGCGAAAACGAACAAGGCCAACGAAGAACAAAGAAGAAGUAGAGAAUCAGCGCAUGACCCACAUUGCUGUGGAACGCAAUCGCCGUCGCCAAAUGAACGACCACCUCAACUCUCUCCGCUCUCUCAUGCCCCCCUCCUACGUGCAAAGGGGUGACCAAGCGUCUAUUAUAGGAGGUGCAAUAGAUUUUGUGAAGGAACUAGAGCAGCUUCUACAAUCUCUGGAAGCGCAAAAGAGAAUGAGAAAAACCGAAGAAGCUGUAGCGGCCAUGGGCAUGACAUCGAACUGGUUAUUCACUUCUCAGGCGGAGUGUAAUAUCCAGGGGGAAAGCGGCAAUUGUGAAGAGGAAGCAAAGGUGAAGAGAAAAUCUGAGGCGGCGGAGAUAGAAGUGACAGUCAUAAAAAAUCAUGUAAAUUUGAAGAUUCAGAGUGAAAAGAAGGCAGGCCAGUUGUUGAGAGCCAUCGUUGCACUGGAGGAUCUUAGGCUGACAGUUUUGCACCUUAACAUCACGUCGUCUGAAAAUACAGUUCUUUACUCAUUCAACCUAAAGAUAGAGGAUGACUGUAAGCUGGAAUCAGCGGAUGAGAUAGCAGCAACAGUUGAUGAAAUAUUCACCAUUAUCAACGGCAACUGAUUGGUCAAUUACACUCGUAGGCAAGAGAGAAACGGAAGCUCACUCUACAAUUCUGAGUUCCCUUCUAAUACAGUGUAGGGGAUUAAAAAACCGAAAAGAAAAGCUGCAACUGGGUUCUUAGGGAUGGUAGAUAGGGAACAGAACAGAGGAUUGCUUCCAUUAAUCGUCUCCAGUGCACAAAUUAAGCGGAUGAUACUUACUGCUUAACUUUCUUUCUUUCUUCUUUUAAGAAAAAGGCUUAUUAUCUGUAUUGCUAGAGCUAGUUGGCAGAUUAGAAUAUGGGUAUGAGUUGGAAUUGUUUCAGCUGAGCUUGCGUGGUCAAAAAGAGUGGGGCUAGGCUAUAAUGUUUUAAUAUAAUAUAAUAAUAAUAUUAUUAUUAAAAAUGUAAUGAUGACAAAAUGCAAAUGAUGCAUCUCUUUUUCAA